UUCCUGCCCCUCCCAGCAGGGCCGGGGCCAGGGCAAGAGCGGGAGAGACAUGGAGGAGGAGGCGGCGGAGAAGGCCGGGGUUGAGCCCAGGCGGCGGAGCCGGCGCCACUCAAGCGGGCGUCGCAGCUCGGAGCGAUCCCCGAGUCCCGGCCGGCUGGACGUGAGCUCGCCGCGCUUCGACCCGCUGCUGGCGCUGUACUCGGAGCGCACCCCGUUGCCUUACCCGGCCGCGCCCUGCUUCAACAACCUGGCCGAGUACGAGAGCUUUCAGCGCGGCCUGCUCCGCGCCCCGGGUCGCUCGAGAACAGCCGCCGGCCGCAGCAGCCGCUCCGCCGGGACGCGUACUCGGAGCCGGGCCGGCCGGCCCCCCGCCGACCCCGAACGCCUCCAGCGGCUCCGCAACCUCAUGCUGGUCAAGGAACCCAAGCCAGAAGCAGAGGAGAGAGCUAGGUCGCGGGGCAGGAAGGCGCCGCGCAACGUCCUCACCAAGAUGUCCCUUCAUGAAGGCAGUCCGCUUGGGGAACUUCAUCGCUGUGUCCGUGAUGGCGUAAAAGUCAAUGUCCAUAUCCGAACUUUCAAGGGGCUUCGUGGAGUCUGCACUGGAUUCUUGGUUGCAUUUGACAAGUUCUGGAAUAUGGCCCUGAGUGAUGUAGACGAGACAUACCGAAAACCAGUGCUGGGUAAAGCUUUCUAUGUGGAGCCACAGUUGACCCUCACCAGACUCUUCGACAGACUGAGGUUGCAGGAGUCCUUGGUUAAAAAAGAAGCCGAUUCAAAGACGACUACGGACUUUCCAGCCCUUCCAUAUGAUCCAAGGACAUCGAGGAGGAAAUCUGAGUCAGGUAGGGGAAGAUCAGAGGAGAAACAUGGAGCGAAGAAGCACGCCAGCAGAGAGAGGACACGAAGCUCUAGUUUGCCAAAAGUCUCUGGGAGAGAUAUGGAAUUGCCCAGCAGACUCUCCCAAGUAGAGGAGAAGAGCACGGGUGGCAAAAGAGGCCGUUCCCGAAAAAAGCAGAGGUCCAGAGUGGAUUAUCAGCAAGUGUUUACACGACACAUAAACCAGAUUUUCAUUCGAGGAGAAAAUGUGCUGCUUGUUCACCUGGCACAUUGAUCUCGUUGACUGAUUCCAGCCACAACAGCUCAGUGGUGAAAAGAGACAGCAUUUUAACUCUUUUUUUCCUUUUGGUCAAAAGAGGGAAAGGAUUAUAGACAUAGAGACUUGAGCCAAUUGUCUCUUUGAAUGGACUGGAAUUUUAUCUACAACUGAUGCGGUCUCUCCCAAAACAGAUGCCCUAAACUUUGGGAGACAUAUAGACACUGUGACUUUCAAAAUUGUAUGGCUUGGCCGUGGAGUGACUUUCCUUAUACAGUAAAUAUUUAAAUUCUGCAGAAUAUGCAGCCGGCUAAGUGGGCCUGGAAUAGCCACAUGGUCAUGACACUGAUACUUCCAUGAGAAAUGUGAAUUAAGGGACAGAAUAUUGCAAGCUACAGCUGUAGGAAUUAGCUUGCUUGAAGCCAUCUCUCUCUUCUCCAUACACUAUGCACAGGGCGCACCCCUAAAGGACUGAUCCAGCUUUGCAUUGCAGGCCCUAAAGGAGUCCCAUUCUCUGAAAACAAAUGGAAAGAAAAAGGAGUUUGCAUUGCAACUAGUGUAAUUUUUUAAAAAAAACUUUCCUCACCAGUUCAUUUUUUUCUUUUUCAGUGACUGAAAGCAGCCUUUGACCUUUUGUUUGGUAUUUAUAAAAACCCAGCCUGCCACCCAAUUUUCUCUACUUGUUUUCCUACCCAUUUCUACCUGCAAGACAAUAUGUGUGGCUUCUCUGCUUUGAGCUUGCUUCGGUGUGUUUUUCAACAACCCAGAAAUUGUAGCUUUUUUUUUUCCAUCCAUUUUUGUGUCUUUAACAAUAAAGGCUAAGAUAUAUGUAUGCGGUUUAAAAAAAAAAAGAAAAUGUUGAAUGUAUGCUUGGUGUUGCUAUGUAUUAUCUGAUGGCUUUGGGAAUCUGAUUUCCCACCAGCUCUUAGUAACUACAGAAAAUAUUUGGUUUGCAAUAUCUACUAGGAUUUUUCCAAAUCUUAUUUUGGCUCUCAGUGGUCCUUUUCAGAUGCUGCUUGUUCUUGAAAAGCAUGUUUAAAACUGCUGAAAAGAAUGCAUGAUGAUUUUUCAAAAAAAAUGGUGCUAUUUGCAGCAUCUCUGUAUCCUUCAGCAUCUAUCAAAAUGGUGCAAGAUAUAACAAUGCAUGUGUAUGGACCAUGCCAUGAAAAUGUUUAGGGCGCUAUAAAAUAGCAACUCUGCUUAUGGGGAAUGUGUUAAACACAUCAGUAGCUAGAGAAGAUUCCCUUAAGUUGGAGAAAUGCCAUAAGGUCUUUUACAAUUUUAUUAAAAUUGAAUUCCAAAGCAUCUAUAAAAGCAUAAUUAAUACAAUACAUAUGGUGAGUCAUUCUGCAUUUCUAAAAUAACUAGAAAAAUCUAAUGACUGAGUUGCAUUAUGGAAAGGUCAAUUGUGAUAUAUUUUUGUCUGACUGGCAAAACCAAGUACAUUUUGCCUAAUAUUCUCCAGAAGGUAAAAAGCAAGCAUUUGAGGGAGGGAGAAAUCUUAUCAUCAGAUUUAUUUAUUUUUUCAGACAAUAUUUUGGAGUAUCAGAACCAUAUUAGAAAGCAUGCAGCUUUGCUGUUGCAUGUAAUGCUUAUGUUGAAGCAAAAUAGGCAAUUAAAAGGAAGCCUCAUUACUUCUUCUCAACACUCUGCUAGGGUCGCUAAAGGUUUUGCUACCAUUCCACCAGCAACUAAUGGAAAACCAAUUUUCUUUUGGGAUGCUGGAGCCCUGAAUUGCAUGAUAAUGAACACAAAACAGGGAAGCCCGUGGAAGACAUUUUCCUGACUCACAUCAAGCCCAUCUCUUUUGACACGUUCAAAAAAAGAUAAAAAUAAUCAUGAAAGGUGAUUUUCAAUAGAAAUGCAUGAGAAGAAAGUUGAAUGGCUCCCAUUCUCAAGUUUUACUUUAAUUUAGAUUAAAGUGUGACAAUGCGCAUAACAUUUAAUUUCCCCCCAAUAUUGAAUUACUCAAAACAUCAUAUUUUAUUUCAUCAGUAUCAUUGGGUGCAUGGUAGUAAAUAUGAUAAUAGUCAAGGAAAGGAGCUAGGAAGCAAUAUGUGUAGGAUGCAAGCAAAUGUUUGUGUAAUUGUAUUUGUUUUAACAAAAAUGGGAAUGGUAUAUGCAAAAUGUGUUUCUUCCAUAGUAUCUUCUUUCUUUGCAAUUCUAUGUUUUUUUUAAAAAAAAUCAGUACAUGUUUCAAUGUGAGAUAGCUUCAGUUUCUGCAGCAACCUCUAGUUGCCCUUUCUGAUGUGACUUUCUCCAGCCUCUUUGUAAUGUAUAGCAUCGCGAGGUUCUUUCCAAAAUAGUCUUCUCUGGUGCCUUUAGAUAUAUUUCCUAGGACAUGCAUCCAUUAGUUAGAGUCGGUUCAUAAGUGUCCAGUAGAAGCUUCAGUGAUAUCAUGUGUAACAUUACAUCAUCCACUCCCAGUGGACUCUCUAUUGUAAGAGUCUUAUGAUGGAUCCAUGUUUGAUAUCAAUUUUGACUUCCCUUGGAAUGAUCACAGAGUUUUACUAUUCUUCAGGAGUUCUUUAACUCACUCAAUUACUUUUUGAAAAUCCCAUUUUCCCCCUUCUUUUUUGAACAUUACUACCAUAUGUCUUCUGGAAUUUUGGACAGAUCCAUGUACUUCAGCAAUAGGGUCAAAAACUAGUAUUAGGAUGGAUUAUUCAAAUUUACUUGUAUGAUUUUCCAUUAAUGAGACAUUUCCAUACUUGAACCAAAUACACUUAUAUAUUAAUUACAAUGCAUUCUCCCCUUUCCUUUCCUCUUCGACAUCAAAAGCUGAAUACACACUUCAGUGUUUUGAUUCAGUUUACUUGUUUGCUUCAUUUCAGCUCUUUAUUUUGAUUUAAAAAACAGUUAGCUAAGUUUAAUAUUUUCCCUAGUAUUUUGUUUAAUUAAUGAAAGCCAAACUUUCUUGGUGGAUCCAUAUUUGUAAACUAGAAUACUGUUUGCAGAUUGAUUUUAUAUGUAUCACUAUUUGUCACUUCUUUUUGUUUUCUACAAUAUUCUGUCGGUUAUUUAAGAGCAAAGGUUUCUUAUCAGUCAUGUUCCCUUAUUGGAACUUAAUUUCAAAAGAUCAGAAUAUCUCUCUGAUUUUCUUUUGUUGCUUUUUCUUCAUGUAGCUUCUAAAGUGCCAUUUAUUGAAAUAGAAGUGAUCCAGAAUUCAUCUUAUCCCUUGACCUUUGUUUCUGUGUAAAUACUAUAUGUCAUUCUUAUUUUUAAAUUGUAUUAAUCUUAAUUAGCUUGUUGGCAGUUGUUACUUGAAAACUUCUAGGUGCUAAGCUUAAUUUCCAAGGUGUUACUUCUCAUAUACCAAGUAUAAAAUAUAUUUGGAAACAGCUUGUCUUCCUUUGUGCCCUCGAUCCAUAAUAGCUUACCUCAGGAUGUCUUAAUUCAUUUCUGCAGAAAUGUGUUUUGCCAGAAUGGAAUGUGUGCUACCAAAAUAUAGCUUAAAAAAAAAAAAGCUACCAAGGCAUAGUUUAAUAGCCAGUAGAGAUAAGCAUAAAAACUUGAAAAAGAAAGUUUGAGACUAGAGGCCAUGCAGAUAACAUGGGUGGAUUACUUACUUAGCUGUGAGAAAAAGGAUUAAUAUUUUGAUUUCUUUAUUGGACAGUCCAUAACUUACAAAUGGAUAAAUUUACAACAACCAAAUUUCCAACAGUUCAGUUCAACCAAAAAAGAAAAAGUAAGCAAAACUGAAAUAGAAAAAAGCCCCUACCUUCAGGUGUGGAAUAUUUAGCCAAACUGGCUCUCUAGUUUUCUUAAAACUCAAGUUGUCUGCUGGCGAAAACUAAGAAUGAUUUUAAAUAUAAUUUCCAUUUGGACAGUGUUUAAAAAUGCUUCUCUGUGAUCACAUGCUACUUGUUAAGUUUAUCAUUAUAUGAACUGGAUAAUGUGUGAGUUAUUUAGCUGUUUACAGGAAUUUUCCACCAGCGGUAUGAAAUAAGUUGUGGAGGACAGUUAUAAAAUGACAGUGUUCUCCUCCCCCCCCCACUUCUCCUCCUCCUCCUCCUCCAACAUUCCUUCCAUUUUCUGUUCAGAGAAGCUACAUUUAACCUCUGCCAUACUAUGCAACUAUUCCCUUUUAUGAAGAUAUGAAGAGUUGAUCAUCCUAUGUACCAGCAGUCAUAUUGGCUCUCACUAGAUAGGAUUUUUGGACAUUGAUAUGCAGUGUCUGUUACUAGCACAUCUUAAAACAACCUUCUGUCACUUUGAGCUUCGAAGUUUUGGUCAAUGGUGCAAAGAUGAAUAUUUACAACUUUGUUGAUAAUAAUUCAUUGUAUGUCAGUCAACAAUUCAUUUCUCACUUCACAUGGCUCAUGCUGUCAAAGAUUUUCAUUUCUGGUUUCACAGAAACCCCAUUGGGGCUGAAGAUGAAUUUAAUUUUUGUUCAGGAGAAGAAAUACCCCAGUGCCUUGGUGAAGCUCUUCCACAAAGUGAAUGACAGAAGUCUAGUUUGGUAAAGAGUUAAGUGUAAAAAACUUGUUUUUUCCUAAUCCAUGCAAAUGUUUCAGGAGAAUCUGAAAAGACCGGCUUCUCAACUGACAAGAUAUGAAGCCUGUCACAAAAGACAGAAAAUAAAUGCUGUGUCUGACUUUUGAUUUCACCAUUUUCAGAGUAAAGUGCAGGCACAUCGGCGCAUUUUCUCCUUGACAAUUCCCUGUCAAUAGAACCUACUUAUCCCACUUCUGUUGGAGUCAUUAGCAAUGACAAAGUUUUGGGCUGAUGGUUCAUGCGCAUCCUCAAUUUCAAAGCCUGGUGUUAGAGAAAUGAAUCGUUGACAUGACACAUUUUAACUAAUGUUAUUCUCUCAUUAGCUCCAUUGAAUCUUGGGGACUCUGGUAUGUAGCUAUGUAGUGCAAUUUGAAAUACAGUUCCCAUGGUCCUUGGCUUGAGACGACUGGCUCUGAAUCCUUCCAUUUUUGUAAUGCAUAUAGGACUUGAAUUUCUUUCAAUGCUUGUUCCUUUUUUGUUUCUCUUUUGUCAAAUGAGACACUUGUUGGCCCAUCUGAAGGACAAGUGUCACAUUCAGUGUAAACAGACAGAGCCUGCAUGGCGCAGAUGCCCCAACCAUCUGAUUUUGGUUUUCACAGUUGGGAAAGUUACCGCUAACCUACAUAUGCUAUGUGAGCAAGGCAAAAGUGCCAAUCAGCUGCCAGUCUGCGCUUUGGCCCUGCGAAUACUUGUUAAAAGAAUGUGCAAAUAGCCUCUAGUCUCUUUUCUUAAGGAUUGUAUUUCCAAGAAGGAGUUGUUGCUUGAACCCCUGCAAUGUAUGUACACGUAUGAUGUGUCUUUAAAAAUAAAUGCUUGAUGAUGUUAAGCAUCUGUACCAGGAGUUCAGUCUCCAAGGCAAUAAAUGUCUAACUGUAAUUA